CAUUCACAAAACCCUCUUUCCCACAACACACACCUCCUCCUAUUGAUCUUUCUGAUCAUCGAGGCGAAAACGAAGCACACGUAACACAUAACCUAAUCAACACCAGUAGCAAGAAGAAGAUCAUGAACUUGAAUGUGAACUCAGUGGAUUCACUGGUGACUGAAAUUCAAGGUUUAUCCGGGAGUCCUCAAGAUGUAUCUCACCUGAACAAUCUUCUGAAACAAUCUGAGGACGUAAUCCGUUCACAGGCCGCCACGUUUGCACCCUGUCUUACGAGACUUGAUCCUGCCGUUCAUUCGCUCGGUUAUCUCUACGUUCUGGAAGCAUGUACAGCAAGUCCAGUCCCAGAAGCACAAGCAAAUGAACUAAUUUUGCCUGUUGUCAGAUUUAUCGACGUGUGCAGUGCAGAGCAGAUCCGUUUAGUGCCCGACAAAUUUAUAGCUGUUUGUAAAAGACUGCACGAGCUAGUUAUGACUCUUAAUGCCCCUAUGAGAGCUGUGGGUCCCUUGCUGACUGCUAUCCGCAAGAUUCAACCCUCUCCUGAGCAUCUAACUCCCUUACAUCCAGAUUUUCUUCAAGUCUGUUUGUCAGCUAAGUGUUAUAAAAUUGGUUAUAGCAUUUUGGAGGAUGAUAUAUACAAAGUUGAUCAACCAAGAGACUUUUUCUUGUAUUGCUACUACGGGGGGAUGAUUUGCAUAGGACAAAAACGUUUUGCCAAAGCAUUGGAGCUUUUCCACAAUGUGGUAACUGCUCCUAUGUCUUCCAUGAAUGCUAUAGCUGUCGAAGCAUACAAGAAAUACAUACUGGUUUCACUCAUUCACCUUCGCCAGUUUUCCUCCACUUUUCCCAAGUAUACAUCUUCAGUUGCUCAAAGGAAUCUAAAGAACUUCUCUCAGCCCUACAUUGAGUUGGCAAAUAGUUACAGCACUGGAAAUAUUUCAGAGCUCCAGGCAUUUGUCCAAGCAAACCAAGAGAAAUUCGAGAAUGGAAACAAUCUUGGAUUGGUAAAGCAGGUUGUGUCAUCUAUGUACAAGAGGAACAUUCAAAGGUUGACCCAGACAUAUUUGACUUUAUCCCUUCAAGACAUUGCCAACACUGCACAGAUAAAUUCCCCUAAGGAAGCUGAAAUGCAUGUACUCGAAAUGAUUGAGGAUGGUGAGAUCUAUGCAACUAUCAACCAGAAGGAUGGAAUGGUUAGAUUUCUUGAGGACCCCGAGCAAUAUAAAACGUGUGAGAUGAUUGAGCAUAUUGAUUCAUCGAUCCAAAGAAUCAUGAAACUGUCAAAGAAACUGACAACGAUGGAUGAAUCUAUGUCUUGUGACCCCCUAUAUCUGUCCAAGGUUGGGAGAGAACGCCAACGGUUUGAUUUUGAUGAUUUUGAUAAUGUUCCGCAAAAGUUCAACUUAUGAGAGACGGCUGAAUGCAGUUACAAGAGAGGGUACUUGCCUUCAUAUUGCUUCAUUUCACAUUUUGUUGCCACUGAGACCUAUGCAGAGGACACUAAAACCUCUUAAAUGAAGUACGAUAUAUGCAAAAUGUUAUUAGUAUUGGCCUUUUGUUCAGUCUGUUGAAUGGGUUAAUCAGUUGGAAUUAGUUCAUGAUUUUACCUUGUGUUUUGGAGGUAACUAGAUUUGGUAUGUUUUACAAA